GUUUCUCGCUUGCCUGGACAGAGCUGGGGUGGAUGGAGUCCGUGCCCUAUCUCGAUAGGCCUCCGUCCCCGCUGGAGUUUUAUCGAGAAUGGGUGAGCCCCAAUAAACCUUGUGUAAUUCAGAAUGCCAUCAGCCACUGGCCGGCUCUGAAGAAAUGGACCUCAGCGUACCUCAGGGAGGUAGUAGGUCCCAAGGUAGUGAGUGUGGCAGUAACACCAAAUGGUUAUGCAGAUGCGGUGUUUCAGGACCGUUUUGUCAUGCCAGAGGAGCGCCGCAUGCCUUUCAUGGACUUUUUGGACAUCGUGGAGAAGAAAGUGACCUCUCCCAACGUAUUCUAUGUGCAGAAGCAGUGUUCAAACCUCACCGAGGAGUUCCCUGAACUUGUCUGUGAUGUGCAGCCUGACAUUCCAUGGAUGAGUGAGGCACUUGGGAAGAAGCCGGAUGCUGUGAAUUUCUGGCUUGGCGAAUCAGCUGCUGUGACAUCUUUACAUAAAGAUCAUUAUGAGAACUUGUACUGUGUGAUAUCUGGAGAGAAACAUUUUCUACUGCAUCCACCGAGUGACCGUCCCUUCAUCCCAUAUGAGCUCUAUCAGCCAGCAACCUACCAGGUGUCAGAAGAUGGCUCAUUUGAAAUUGUGGAUGAGAAGAGUGAGGAAAAGAUGAAAUUUUGCCCCAUCCACAUGCUUUCAGUAAGAAUCAUACAAGCCAAGAACAUCAAGUCAAGAGACCUGUUGACUGCAUCAGACUGCUAUGUGCGCUUGUGGCUGCCAUCUGCUUCAAAUGGAAAGCUUCAGACCAAAACCAUCAAGAAUUCUGACAACCCUGUCUGGAAUGAGACUUUCUACUUUAGGAUCCAGAGGGAAGUUGAGAACAUUUUAGAACUGGCAGUGUGUGAUGAAGAUCCACUCACCAAAGAUGACAUGCAGUUCACAGUUCUUUUUAAUGUUGCUAGAAUCAGACCUGGGGAGACACUCCGCGAGACAUUUGCUUUGAAAUCAGAGUCCCGUGAGGUUUGCUGCUUGGAAGUGCAAGUGGACAUUAAUGAAAGCAGGAAAUAUUUGAAAGAGGGUAAAAAUCUCGUGCUUACGGUGCCUGCAUCUCAUGAGGGAACACAGAAAACUACGGAGGACACAGAUACUUUCUACUUCCACUGCAUGAAGGCUUGGGAGCCAGUUCUAAAAGUCAGGCUGCAGAAAGUUUCUGAUAAGGAAGAUGACAAUAGCAAUUUAAGUGACACCUUAACAGUGCCACUGAAAUUUCUCCCUGUUGGACAUAAAGUGAAAGUAACCCUCCCUGUAAGACACAAUGUGCCACUGCAGUUGUACCUCCAACUAAAUGAUUGCACAGAAAAACUAGAUGUGCGCUUAGGGUAUGAUCUGUGCCGAGAAGAGCAAGAAUUCCUGCAAAAAAGGAAGAGAGUUGUUGCCAGUGCCCUGAAAAGGGUUCUUCAUCUGGAAAGAGAUCUACAUGGACAUGAGGUCCCAGUAAUAGCUGUUAUGGCAACAGGCGGAGGCCUCAGAGCAAUGUCAGCUAUGUUUGGCCACCUCUUAGCUCUUCAGAAGCUAAAUCUGUUGGACUGUGUUACCUAUCUCACCGGGGCUUCUGGCUCAACAUGGACCCUAGCAGACCUGUAUGAGCAUGCUGACUGGUCACAGAAGACUCUGGAGGGGCCACUUAAGGCAGUAAAAGAACAAGUGACAAAAUGCAAGCUCAACCUUAUGUCUAUAGAUCAUCUGAAGUAUUAUCACAAGGAACUCGCUGAAAGGGCAAAAGCAGGACAUGUGUCAUCUUUUACAACUCUGUGGUCACUUGUUCAGGAAAUGUUCUUACAUGAACGGCCAAGAAAGUACAAACUCACAGACCAGCGCAAGGCACUGGAGCACGGACAAAACCCAUUGCCUUUCUAUGCAGUCCUCAAUGUGAAGGAGGAAAAGUUCAGUACUUUUAAAUUUAGAGAGUGGGCAGAGUUCUCUCCUUACGAGGUGGCCAUACCAAAAUACGGAGCCUCCAUUCGUUCAGAAUAUUUUGACAGUGAGUUCUUCAUGGGAAGGCGAGUGAAGAAGCUGCCAGAAUCUCGAAUCUGCUAUUUGGAAGGUCUUUGGACAAACAUCUUUACUAGGAAUUUGCUGGAUGGCUUGUACUGGUCCUCAAAUUCAAAUGAGUUCUGGGAUCGAUGGUCCAAAGAUAUGGUAGAUAUAGAAAAACAUUCCCCUGAGGAUGAUGUGACUAUGAUCGAGCCUCCAUCUUGUUUGUCAGGGAAGUUGUAUGAAAUGUUUCAGGACAUUAUGACCAAGCGUCCACUGCUGGGAAAGUCGCAUAACUUCCUGAGAGGCUUAGAAUUUCAUAAGGAUUAUAUCCAUCAGAAAAAAUUUAUUGAAUGGAAAGACACUGUGCUGGACGCUUUCCCUAACAAUCUGACACCGCUGCAGAAGUAUCUUUGCCUGAUAGAUGUUGGCUAUUUCAUUAACACCAGUGGUGCAGCACUUUUCAAGCCAGAGAGGAAUGUAGAUGUCAUCAUCUCACUUGAUUAUGGUUUGGGGAAUGUGUUCAAGCAAUUAGAGAUGACGUACAAAUAUUGCAAGAUACAAAAUAUCCCAUUCCCCAAAGUGGAGCUAAGUAAAGAAGAAGAGAAGAACCCAAAGGAAUGUUAUGUGUUUGCGGAUGCAGAGGACCCCAGAGCACCCAUAGUAAUCCACUUCCCCCUGGUGAAUGACACCUUUAAGGAAUUCAAGGAACCUGGGGUAAAGCGCUGUCUCUCAGAGAUGGAAGAAGGCAAAGUAAAUUUGGAGAACAACUGCUCACCCUAUUACCUCAUUAGGCUAAUCUACUCCUCUGAAAAUUUUGACAAACUUGUGAACCUGAGCAAAUACAACAUUCUUAAUAACAAAGACCUGCUCCUCCAGGCAAUCCGGAGUGCUGUAGAACGGAGGAGAAGCGGCAGGACUGGGAAUCUCCCCAGCUACUCUGGAGCUGGAUACCCCUAG